CCACAUUCCAACCUGCUCAUGCACUAGCAACAUAGUGUCCACUGUGCAUUCCAAAAUGAUGUCCAUGAACAGCAAACAGGCAUUCAGCAUGCAUCCCAUGCUGCAUGAGCCGAAAUAUGCCCCGCUGCAUAGCAGCUCAGAAGCUAUCCGGAGAGCCUGCCUUCCAGCCCCACAGGUAAGAAAUGAAAAUGUUUGGUUUUUAGACAAUUAACCGGUCUGGACUUUUGUUUCUUGACUAUAUUUCCAAAUAUAUAGGCAGUCUAUAGACAUGUGUUUACAGCGAUUAUAUGUUUUAUAUAUUUAACAUAAAAAUUGAUGUUUUAAAACCUCUUUCUUGGUGUAACUGAAGGUUGCAAAAUCUGUGGUUUGGCUUUCUGGAAAAACCUUUAAAUUAUGCAUGCAUUUAUUUUAUAAGCAGCUUUCCUUGUGCUUUCUUGAUUUAAGAAAUGUUGUUAUGUAUGAAAGUGACUUUUGGUAAAAAAAAAAAAAAAAAAAGCGUUUCAUUUUUAAAAACAAACAAACUAUUUUUACUAAAUUGUAUUGCUUUGUUUUUUUCUAACAUUUGGCUAAAGUUGUAUUUUACGAAAUAGCUGUCACAUAAUGCAAUAAUUGAUUUAAAUUGUAGCACUGACAACUCUUUUGCAUAAUACUGUGCGCAAUAGGUUUUUAAUGCUAAUUUUUAUAACAUAUUUUUUUUUUAGUUACAAGGCAACAUCUUUGCUGGCUUUGAUGAGACUUUGCUGAGGGGAGCUGAAGCUUUGGCUGCUGUGGAUAUUGUAUCUCAGAAGACACAUCCAUUCAAACCAGAUGCUACAUACCAUACGAUGAGUAGUGUGUCCUGCACCCCAACUUCUUCUUCAGUGCAUCUACAUCAUCCUUCGGUACUAACAACCCACCACUCACAUCACCAUCCUCACCACCAAUCCUCACAGGGCUUAGAUCAGGAUCUUCUUGACCACCUAAAUCCUGCUCUUACCUUAGGAGGUGUCCCAGAUGUCGGAUCUACACCUUCCCAUCCACAUGCCCAUAUGUCAGCCAUCAACCACAUGGCCCACCACACACAAUCUAUGAGCAUCGCUCAUAACCAUAGCUUGGUAGCACACCAAGCAAUGUCAUGCUCUGAAAGUGAAACAGAUCCCAGAGAACUUGAAUCAUUUGCAGAAAGAUUCAAACAAAGGAGAAUUAAACUUGGGGUAACACAGGCUGAUGUUGGAUCUGCCUUGGCCAAUUUGAAGAUUCCUGGUGUUGGUUGCCUCAGCCAAAGCACCAUUUGCCGGUUUGAAUCCCUUACCUUAUCUCAUAAUAACAUGGUGGCCCUAAAGCCCAUUUUGGAAGCUUGGCUAGAAGAGGCUGAGAGAGCUCAGAGGGAGAAAAUGACCAAACCCGAAAUCUUUACAGGAGGAGACAAGAAACGCAAACGUACUUCUAUUGCAGCCCCAGAAAAACGUUCUCUAGAAGCCUAUUUUGCUGUUCAGCCAAGACCGUCUUCAGAGAAAAUUGCAGCUAUUGCAGAGAAACUAGACUUGAAAAAAAAUGUAGUACGAGUCUGGUUUUGCAAUCAGAGGCAGAAACAAAAAAGAAUGAAGUUUUCUGCAACAUAUUGAACAAUCAUGCACUGUUUUGAACUGUCAAAAUACCUGGUUUCAUUCUAAGGGAAUUCAGACCUGCAGUAUGUCUUCAUAUUUUGGCAAAUACAAUUAACUGAUAAGGGACAUUAACUGGAACACCAUAGGUACCUGUAAAGUUGGACUGGUGAGUGGUAACUUUGGGAUAGUACUGUUUUGGUUUGACUAAGACUCCUAUGACCAAAUUCCAUUGACUUUAUAAAAUAAAAUUAAAAAAAUUUAAAAAAAGAAAUCAGUCGAAAGGAAUGAACAGCAAACUAAUGAAACUUGAAAACCCAUCUGUUUCUCUCAGUUUGAGCUAGCCUUUUAUAUUUAUGAUUGUAUAUAAUAAUUUGUGAUGAUAUUGCACCAGUGGUUACAAUUUUAAGUUAUUUGCUAAUAUAAUUUUCUGUAUAGCACACAUACCUUGAAUAUUAUUUAAUUUAAUAAAGUGACACCCACUAAACAACUAAAGAGACAAAUUCAUUGCAUGGUUUACCUCACGUUCCCUAUUAAAAAUCCUCCCCAUUUGCAAUACAGGUUCUGUUUCUACCUCAUCAUCAACUAAAGAGCACAUGUGGAAAUAAAUUCUACAGGAAACAAUUUCUGUGUUUUAAAGCUCUGCCCCUUCGGUUUCACUGCAAAGAUGCUUUGACAAUCAAAUCAUUUUAUUCACAAGGUUCUGCUUGAAGUGUAUCUGACAAUGAAAAUGGCAGUGCACAUUGUCUGUGGCAUUAAAGCAUAACCUCACUUAUCUGUGCGCGCGUGUUAUUUUUAUUUAUCAAGAAUUGGUGACAUGACUGAGAGUUUUAUUUUUUAAAGUUUAAAAGUUUAACUUAUAUGUAAUUGAUUCCACAAUGAACAUUAAUGUUAAUUAUUUUUUAAAUAUUUAACUUUGCACUUUCCUGGCAAGACACAUAUUGC